CCGCCCGCCCUUUUCUUGCCGCCCCCCGCCUCUGCUCUCCGGAGACCCUGCGGAGCGAGCGCCGCGACCCCUUCCCGGCGCUCUUCGCGCGGUCUCGCGGUGACUCUGGUGCGUGGGGUCAAGGCGAGGGGCAGAGCUGCUGGGGUCGGGGCGUCAUGCGGAGGGGUGAGCGCAAGGGCGCCGAGGGGCCGCGGCCGGGGUCCCCUGUGCCCGUGGGCAAGGCCUCGCUGGAGGAGCCGCUGGACGGCGCGGCUACGGGCCGAGCGAGCGGGCCGGCCGCUGGCCGCCGCAGCACCGAGUCAGAAGUCUACGACGACGGCACCAACACCUUCUUCUGGCGGGCCCACACCCUGAGCGUGCUCUUCAUCCUCACCUGCGUGCUGGGCUACGUGACGCUGCUGGAAGAGACACCGCGGGACACGGCCUACAACACCAAGAGAGGUAUUGUGGCCAGUAUUUUGGUUUUCUUAUGUUUUGGAGUCACACAAGCUAAAGACGGGCCAUUUUCCAGACCUCAUCCAGCCUACUGGAGGUUUUGGCUCUGCGUCAGUGUGGUCUACGAGCUGGUGCUCAUCUUUAUACUCUUCCAGACCGUCCAGGACGGCCGCCAGUUUCUGAAGUACGUUGACCCCAGGUUGGGGGUCCCGCUGCCGGAGAGGGACUACGGGGGAAACUGCCUCAUCUAUGAUGCAGACAACAAGACCGACCCCUUCCACAACGUCUGGGACAAGCUGGAUGGCUUUGUGCCCGCACACUUCAUCGGCUGGUACCUGAAGACCCUGAUGAUCCGUGACUGGUGGAUGUGCACAAUCGUGAGCGUGAUGUUUGAGUUCCUGGAAUACAGCCUGGAGCAUCAACUGCCCAACUUCAGCGAGUGCUGGUGGGACCACUGGAUCAUGGACGUGCUCGUCUGCAACGGGCUGGGCAUCUACUGCGGCAUGAAGACCCUCGAGUGGCUGUCCCUAAAGACGUACAAGUGGCAGGGCCUCUGGAACAUCCCAACCUACAAGGGGAAGAUGAAGAGGAUCGUCUUCCAGUUCACGCCCUACAGCUGGGUCCGCUUCGAGUGGAAGCCGGCCUCCAGCCUGCGCCGCUGGCUGGCCGUGUGUGGCAUCAUCCUGGUGUUUCUCUUGGCAGAGCUGAACACCUUCUACCUGAAGUUCGUGCUGUGGAUGCCCCCCGAGCACUACCUGGUCCUCCUGCGGCUAGUCUUCUUCGUCAACGUGGGUGGCGUGGCCAUGCGGGAGAUCUACGACUUCAUGGACGACCCGAAGCUCCACAAGAAGCUGGGCCAGCAGGCCUGGCUGGUGGCGGCCAUCACCGUCACGGAGCUGCUCAUCGUGGUGAAGUAUGACCCGCACACGCUCACGCUGUCCCUGCCCUUCUACAUCGCCCAGUGCUGGACACUCGGCUCCGUGCUCGCCCUCACCUGGACCGUCUGGCGCUUCUUCCUGCGGGACAUCACCCUGAGGUACAAGGAGACGCGGCGGCAGAAGCAGCAGGGCAGGGACGACCAGGGCAGGGCGGACGGCAGCGUGGACGGGCGCCAACCAGGGCCCGACGACCCCUCAGGGUCCGAGGAGGCCGAGAGGGAGGGGGUGCCAGCACCGCACUGACGCUGCGGCUGGGCCUGCAGAGCCCAGGCCCGGCGCCCUCCACCCUCUGGGAUUCCUGCCAGGAGCCUUCCAGCAGGCCUCAGCCCUCGAGGUUCUAUCUCCCUUUUCUCCCGCGUACACGGUGGGGUGGGGCGCGUGCGUGUGUGUGUGUAUGUGUGCUCCUGAGGCUCUGGGGCUCGCCCUGGGCCGGCUGGUCCCCCUUCUGUGCAGUCAGCCCGCCGCCUCGGCCACCCCCAGCCUUGGUGCCCAGACGGCCCGGCCCAGGCAGCAGCGUCUUGGUGCCCCUCUCUGCUCCCUGGGCCCCGCCGGUCCCCCACGACCUUCUGGCGGCACGUGUGAAGGACAGUCGUCCAGGGACGCCCUGGCGUGGCUGGGAAAGGGCAGAUCCACUUCCUCGGGAACCUCCAUCUGACCCUCCAACCUGGAGGGUGCGUGGACAGGGCUGCCCGCACAUCGAGUCAGAGACUCCGAGGCCUGGUGCCCGCCGUCAGGAGGGCGGGUCGUGAGGGAGGGUCUCUGUGGCCCAGGGUUGAGGUCGCCCCCACGAGCAAACAGAACAAAUAAAAGCCACGGUGACGGCCUGCGGCUCCGCAGCUCCUCACGGCCCCUCGCCCCUGCCCUACCCUGUGCCGCCUGGAGGGCAGCUGGGAACCACUUGGGCUGGACGCCUGUCCUGGCAGACGACCAGCAGGCACGAAAGUCACCGGCCCCCCUGGCGCCUCCUACUGCAUCCGCGCCUCGGGCCGGCCCGAGGGAGCUGGUCGUGGGCGGGGUGUGGGUGAUGGCGCACUGUCUUCAGGCUUGACAUGCACCGGCAAAGGGAAGUGCCCUGACUUCCGGGCAAGGGUGACACUCCCGACCUUUCCAAGGGCAGGGCCUCUCAGAGCGCCAGGGCCUCGGCGGACUUGUUUCCUUAGUUUAUUUUCCCGUAACUAUUUCUGGGGAGAAUUUCAAACCUAGGGCGGUUGUUACCCCGCCUCACCUGCUGCUCUUGUGCUGUGCCCUUGAGCUGAGUUUCUCAGCCUCUGGCUUCCGUGGGCUUCCUCACGUCAGGGGUGUGACCCAGGGCCUCAGUGUGCCCCACCCCACCUGCUGCCGUCCCAGUGUCACCUUUGAUCUGGGUUUAGGGCCGACACCUGUCCCACCACUGCGGAGACACCAAGCGUCCUGUCCGCCCACCUCCACCAGGGGUUCUCGGCGUCACGGAGUUCACAGUCGCUCUGGUCCCAGACUACCUCCGUCCUGUGGCCUGCGCUCUCCCUGCAGGGCUGGAGGCCCGCGUUGCUCACUGGUCCCAGGCGUGGCCCCCAGGAGUGGUUUCUGGCCCACAGCGGGUGCAGGUUCCCCUGGAGCGUCUCCCGCCCAGACCUGGGUGGGUCCACCCAAUCUUCUACAGAGCCUGCUCUCUUCUGGAGGAAGGUGUUACAAAGCCAGGGCCCUGGGUACCUUGGAGGGCUUUGUCGUGAUGGCAGGAAGUUACUGCCCAGGCGCCAACCCUCUGAAAGCUGCCCAGUGUGUACACCUUGAUCGUGCUGCUCAGGGCAGGUCACCCCUACGCUGUCCGCCCACGGCCAGACGAGGCCAGCGAGACGGGGUGGACCCUGCCCUUACGUCCACAGGGCUCCGGCCUCCACCAGGAGAGCACUUGGGAGCCAGCCGUUGGCAGGCUCGGCCAGGCCCUGGGAGCAGCUCCCAGCUGGGGUUUCCGGCCCACACACAGGCGGUCCAAGCGCGCUGCUGGCCAAGGUGAACCAGGCCCCGAGGGCAGGGGCCGCGUUCUGGUGCCCCUUAGUGCAGGCGGGACGCCUGAGGCAGUGAAGGCCUGUAGGAUGGGGUGGCCUCCAAGGCCGCAAGGAGCAGGACCCCGCCAGCACCUGGGGAGCUCAGACUGGACCCCCACGGAGGACCCCGCUGGGCACACCCGCCACCAGGCCCGGACCCCUGACUUGACUUGCCUAAGGCUGCUACGUCUGUGGUGCUCGCUGGGCAGCAGGGUGCUCGUGAAAACAUCACCCCCUUGACACCAGAGCCUCGUGGAGACCACGAGAACGGACAAAGACCCCUCCUGCCAGAAAAGCGUUUUAAUAAAGUGCCUAAAAUGCUCUCCCAAAAAUGAGCUGAUUUAAGCUCUUCUCUCGGUUAAAGCCAGGACUCCUCUGGGGAGGACGGCCGUCCGGGGAUGGGCGUCAGGAGAUGAUCCGCAGGCCGGGCUUGCUCCCCUCCAGGGCCCGCAGGCGCUCCUCCACUGCCUCAGUCCAGUAGAUGUCGUA